AUGUUGUGUCAGCGGCCGACGACCACCGCCAUCGAUGACAACGUGUGCAGCAGGUGGGCGGAGGAAGAUGGGGAGGAGGAGGAGGUGGAGGAGGAGGAGGAGGAGGAGGUAAAUUACCGGAUGUUCGAAAGCGUAGAUGGUUUCAAAUUCGGAGGGGAAAAAGCACAAAAGUGUACGUGUGAGAGACGAUCCGAGUGCGAACGGGGCUCGGAUGCGUUCGGUUGCGCUGCGUUCGUUGCUGCGUUCCCGAUCGCGCAGUGGCACGCUCACCUUACACGAACAGCAGCAGCAGCAGCAGCAGCCGGAGCAGAUGUCAACUGGUUGGCCGCGCGGCCACCACCGCAGCCGCCACCGCCGCCGACCGACACCCCGGCACGAACCUGUGUCAUCCGGUUAGCAGCAGCGACUUCUCGCACUCAUCCCGUACUAUCAAAAUCUGGAACGCCGUCGCGAUGA